AUGCCGGUCCUAGAGGGUCUCUGGGGUCCGGACCUCCGGAUGCGGGACUCUGGUCUGGACGUGUGCCCAGAGGAGGCCCCUGGUUCUCCGGUCUGGGCCCCUCUCAGGACUCCUCCGGUCACCUGUGGAGGUCUGUCUCUGGCCCUGGAGCUCCCGGCUUUGAUCCGGCAGCUCCGGGCCGCCUGGAGGGCCCGCAGAGGAGGCCCCCGGGGGCCCGAGAGGAGCCAGCCGGACCCCUGGGUGGAGGCAGAGAAGGAGGAGGUGGAGCAGGAUGGAGGAGCACAUCUGGAAGCUGACGGCGGACUGAGUUCUGGUCGUGCCGCCGUGCUGCUGGCUGAGAGACGAGGCUCGUACCCGCCGAUCCACCUGCACGUCCUCAACACCGGCGUCCAGCGGGGGGCGCUGCAGUCGGGCAGCAGGAGGAAGGUCAAGCGUCUGCUGAGCCUCCAGAGGAACUGUCAGACCUCCAGGCUGCUGCCUCCCAGCCCCGGACCCCUGCACCUGCUGGACCAGGGCAUGCUGCAGGACGACUACCACUCCCAGAACCCGUACCACAACGCCGUCCACGCCGCUGACGUCACCCAGGCCAUGUGCUGCUACCUGAAGGAGCCCAAGCUGGCCGAGCAGCUGACUCCUCUGGACGUCUUCCUGGGUCUGAUGGCGGCCGCCGCCCACGACGUCGACCACCCCGGAGUCAACCAGCCGUUUCUCAUCAAGACCAGACAUCACCUGGCGUCGCUCUACCAGAACACAUCGGUGCUGGAGAGUCACCACUGGAGGUCCACUGUCGGGAUGCUGAGGGAGUCGGGACUGCUGUCGCACCUGCCUGCUGACGUGACGCAGGACGUGGAACAGCAGCUGGGUUCCCUCAUCCUGGCCACGGACAUCAGCAGGCAGAACGAGUUCCUGCUAACCUUCAGAGAGCAUCUGGACAACCAGGACCUGGACCUGCAGCUGGCUGAGCACAGACACUUUCUGCUGCAGAUCGCUCUGAAGUGUGCAGACGUCUGUAAUCCCUGCCGGACCUGGGAGCUGAGCCGACAGUGGAGCCAAAGAGUCUGUGAGGAGUUCUUCAGGCAGGGAGACCUGGAGAAGAAGUUUGAUUUGGAGAUCAGUCCGUUGUGUGACCAACAGGCCGACUCUGUUCCAGCAGUCCAGAUCGGUUUCAUCUCGUACAUCGUGGAGCCUCUGUUUGAGGAGUGGCAGCGCUUCACGGAGCCCAGUCCGCUCAGCACCACCAUGAUGGGUCACCUGCACCAGAACAAGGCCGGCUGGAGCCGCCUCAGAUGUCAGAACUCGGACUCCGACUCGGACUCCGACUCCGAGGAGAACGAAGGAGAAGGAGAAGAAGAGGACAUCCCAUAA